AAGAAAGCUGGAAGGAAGGAGGAAUUGUUAGAGGCUUUUUGUACACCUCUGGUACUUGGGCAUCUGUAGCCCACGGUGGCUGAUGUUUGUGUUGGUUUGGUUUUUAGGGAUGCACUUUCUCUCCUGUAGGUUGUUCUGUUUCCUUGGCAGAGUAGCAAUAACUUUUUUUUUUAUACCUUUAUUAAUUAUCCAAAGCAAUGAUUCUAUCAGACUAAUGGAAGCUCCUGCAGGGUGUGGCAGCCCUAUUAUUUAAACAGCCUUAAGGUUUUCAGCUGGAAGGCAUAACUCUCAAUCCUUUCUUCUCUUCAGCUUGGGGCUGACUGCACUGCUCUGAGAGUGAAGGUUUUUCCAGAUGCUUUUGGUGGAAAUAGAAAUGAUUUUAAAAGGUUCAUUUUCUUCUGGGUUCUUUUCUGUUGGAUAACCUUGCUCUUGUUUUUAUUUCCCUUUCUGUCAGAGCACCUCCUGUGUUACUCCCCAAGGACUGGCUGUCUCUGGCAACUUUGGAAUAAAUCCUUAACAGCCCUGACCCUGCCUGGGGCUGCCCAAGGCUGAGCAGUGCUGCAGUCUGUCUUUAGGGUUGUAAUGUGCCUUCUCUUAUGUGGAUAACAGUUAGUGAGCAAACGAUUAGCAAAGCACCUGGUGAGUGUGACUUUCCUUUGCCAAAAUGAACCUGGUUUGCCUUCUGUGCAGCGUUGUGGGAUGCUUCCCUUGGCUCUGCUGCCUGUUUGCAAAGAAGUGAAAAUAGAAGUAGACGAGGAAACUGCAGAUCUUGAGGGCAGAAGCCUGACUUCACUGUGUGUGUGAACCUCCUACCACUGCUGAACGGUGACUGUUAGGUGCUGUUAGGAUUGGGUGCCACUAACAGGUCUGCUGUCAAGCAGUCAGUUGUGGCUGUUCUUCCCAGAGCUCUGUGGUGAGGUGGGCUUCCAUUCCAUUUCAGAACAAUGAUGGCUCCUGCCUGAGGGAGCUACCUGUGUCAGCAAGGCUGCUGUUACCAUUCUUACAAAACUUCUGGGAAGUAAGGGAUCAGGCUUGUGUAUUCUGAAAACCCUUGGCUGUCCUAAACAGCUGACUUGAUCAGUUUGUGGCAUCCCCUCCACGAUUCAGCACAUCCAAAGCAAGCUGCUGAGCCGUGCUGGAAUCUCACACGGUCUCCUAACUUUAAGCUCUGGCUGACAACUAAAUUCCAUGAUCUGGAAUUACUUUCUUUUUUUUUUUUUUACUAGUGCUAUCAGCUUUUCUGUGAAGCAUCUCACUGCAGAGUAAAACACAAGCCUUAAAUGUGAGCUUUGCUGGCACACUGAACCCCAUGGGAGCUGUCAGAUGUCUGCUUGCUCCACACUAAGGCUGGUGACAUUGCUGAUGAUGUACCUGGAGGCUUGGCACAGACUACAGAGCUCAGCAGUCAGCACACAUGAGCAAGGCAGGUAUGCUAAGCACAAGUUUUAAAACUUCUGGGUUGUAACAAAGGCCAUAUUACAUAGCAAGAUACUGCUAUCACCUCUAAUGUGUUUACUAUCCUUUACUGCCAAAAAACUGAGGUACUUAUACAGAUAUUUAUCCUUUCUUAGUUUUUAUGUCUGGGUAUUUUGCAUUGGUGAGCUGGGAGAUCCCGUAUUCACCGUAGUUUUCUGCUGUGUGCUGUGCCACAGACUGACUGGUGACACUGUGAGCCAUGUUUGCUUUGCUUCUAAUUGGAAGCCUGUUCAAGUUGUGGGGUUUUUUCCUGUUUUAAUAAGGAAGGUCUCCUUAGCAAAAGUAGAAGUGUUCUGAGGUGAGUGAGCAACAUGGAGCUAGGAUGGAGCAGGAGGUGUGUGGUCCCAGCUGAUGGUGGUGUUCAAAUAUGAGGAUAUAUUUAUUUCCUUGGAUAAACACAACUAAUCUCAUUUCCCUCAGUAACUGCCCUGCUGUAGUAUGCUGCCAAAGUUUCCAUCCCUUCAGGAUGGGGUUUCAUCCCAAUGACACGAGUGCAUACUUGUUUUUUUCCCUCCCUUUAAACAUACCAGAAAUGCUGUUUGCAGCUGAGUGUGGAGCUGAACUCUGCUGCUCCAUGGAUCAGGUGGUGCCAAGUGUUUCUAUUCUGAUGGUCCUACAGCCCCAGGUUCCCCAGGGCAGCCUGGAGGCAACUGCACAGCCUCUCAUUUUCGGCUGACCUUCCUUGGAAGGACAGUGCUUGUUUUGUGUCAGUGAGCAUCUCUGGAUAUGGGCUGUACCUCUUGACCCCCAUCAAGUGUUAGGGACAGAAAUGGACAACAGAAACAACCAAAGCUGGGGGAGGGGUGGAGAGGGGAGGAGGGAAAUGCUUUUAAACUUGGAAUCUGAAACUCAGGUCUUAAAUUGCGGUGGGAUCCGUUCCCAGUGAGUACUGUAGGGAAAGAGCUGUUUCACUUGAUGUGCAAAUAGCAAGUGUGCACGCUUUGCUGCUGUCUCGACAGCUGUGUGUUUACCCUAUUUCAUCUUUCAUGUGCUGAGGCAGACAGCUUUUAUCUGCUCUGGACUCUUCUCAUGUCAGAGUUUCCAAAACACGAGCGAUAGAUACACAUCUAGCAGUUACAAGGCUGGGCCUGGCAGAGGAGCAGGAAGUGAGAAGUGCAAUGAGAUUAGCAAAGGCUGUAUCUUCAGAGGCUCUGUUCAGCAAGACCAGUUGUGUGAGUUCUCCCUCUGGCACCCCGGGUCCUGGGUGAGUUCCUUACACCUAUUUCUAUGGAGAUUGGUUGGGAGCAGAGGGGAGAGGUUGUCCAAGUGGGCCUCAGUGCAGAUCUCCGAGAGCUCUGAACACAGGGACGGGUGUCACCAUGAAGGAAACGUGUGUCUGACCUGAGUGUAAUAGAAAAAGGGAGGGAUGGAGUGAGGAGCCCCCAGGUCUGGCUAUGUUAGCACAGAGACCUGAGGAGCUGAUGAGCAGAAAGCUUUACGUCCCGUGCUGUGCUCUCUUGGCUCUGAUAAUGGCAUUAGCACCAAGGCAGCGUGCACUAAGACUGUAGAAUUUCCUUCUUGUAGCUUGCUGAGCUGCUCAGUGCACCACUCAGCCAUGCAGGUGUUCUGCUGGUGUUUGCAGAGCAACAGGAGGCUUUGUCCAAGGCAGUGGUGGGGAUUAACCACUGUUUGGAAGGUCCUGCUCUGUGCUCCAGAUGUCCUGGCUAGCAGUCUCCUUGGUUUAAUGUGAACAUCUGAGAGCAAGGCAGAAUGGCAUCUGCACAUGUGCAGAGCAGCCUUUCUGGAGUCUGUGCUGCACAAAGGAAGGCUUGCAAUGAAGAAAGCGUGGCUCAGACUGUAAACGAAGCCUUUCAGAUUCCAGUUGCACAACGAGAGGAAUUGAGCAAAUUCCAAUUAUUUCAAAGUGUAACAUGCCUUUGUUUUUACCACACUUCAGAUUGGCCAACCCCACCUUCCACUGCCUUGAAAGCAAUGGGCGAGAAGUUGUCAUCCUGGCUUGCAAACAGCUGCAGCUGUGCUCGUUGCAGGUGUGCUGGUGCUGUUGCUGCAGCAGUUGUGUGCUGCCUUCCCUGCUGCCUUUGCAUGUGUCCAACUCGUUUCUCAGGAGUGGAAAAGAGGAAAGGAGGGGAACAAGGCUGAGGUCCCCCCUGGUUCCUGCAGCCCUCACGGCGCAGCGUGAUGACGAGUAACAAAACCCAACUCUGCUGGAAGGAAGAGCAUUUCUGGAGGCUGCCCCCAUCCAGCAUCUCCCGGCCAAAUGAGGUGGCAUCACCUCGUUCCUCCCGGUGGAAUUAAUCAGCGCUCGGAGCAGUGAGGUGAGGCCCUGAUGGAAAAGGGAGGAAAUGCCUCCAAACCGCUGUGCUCUGCAGCCCGAAGCACUGACAUGUGGUGAGGGAUGCUCUGCUGUUUGAUGGCCCAGGGGAGGCCCUGGAUCUGAGCUGUGGGACGUCCCCAGUGCCACUGGGACUGGUCCAGCAUCGCCCCGCUGCAUGCAGAGCACUGCAGCUGGUGGGAUUUUGAGCCUUUAAAGUGGGUCAAGCGGAAACCCGGGGAGCAUCCAAGCUCACAGCCCUUGUGCCAGCUCCAUCACAGCUGAAUUAUUCAGGUCCGGCUGAAAAAUUGAAGAGUGCCAAAGCUCAGUGGGAAAACCCAGCUCAGGGCUGCAGCACUGAGCCCCAUAGCAGCACGGGGCACUGUGGGAGGGCAGCAGGGUCUGGUGCUGCCUUUUGGGAGGGUGAAGAGAGGAGAGAGCGCUCAGAAGGGAUUCGUGGCAGGGCUGCCCUGAGCCACAGAGCUUUCUGUGCGCUUGUUGCUGGGGUUGGGAGCGCAGCUUUGGCUCCAUGCCUGCUUCCAGCCCUGCCUCUGUGUUGCAAACAGCAAGGCUUUGUGGCCUCACUUCAGCCCUGUGCACAUAUCCUGGGGUCAUUUUUUGGAUUUGCACCUCCGGCAGCACUGAGCUGAAGGGAGUUGGCGAACUCCUCCUGCCCUGAGUUGGAGAUGAUGGGGUUGUGUGAUUUCAGGGUAAAAUCAGUGGCUGCUGCCUCGAGGUGUGUGCUCACAGCACCUCCCAGAGCCCCAGAUCCACUCCAAGGUGAUGAGGAUGCUGACGUGAGCGAGGGGGCUUCUAUAGGCCCUGCAGCUUCUAUGGGACCCCUGGCUUAGCUGUGUGCCAGAAGAGCUGGGAUGGCUGCUGGGUGAGUAACGCUGCCGGCAGCGCGGAGGCAGCAGGGGAAAGCCGUGCACAGAUGCUGCAGCUCGCCCUGCUCUUUUCGUGCGGCGCUCGCACCCUGCUGAUGCCAAGCUGGGAUUCUUUGGUGCCUCUUAGGGUUGUGCUGCUCCAUCCCUGCCCUGGGGGUGGGGUCAUGGGGGUCCCCCAUCUUUAGAACCCAAUUGGGGCUGAGGGCUCCUGCCCUGCUCAGGAGGGUGUGAUGCUCGUGCUGUCCCUGCAUGCAGCCCCUGCUUGGGAACGUGCAUCCUUUCCCCUGCCUCGUGUCCCCACCACUCCACGCUGCUGGUUCCCCACUUCCACUCCCAGUGAUGAGGAGGAGAAGGGGCUUCCCCAUUCUCUGACCCCACAACCCUUCAGUUUUCUGCAUGCUGCAUCGCCUCCAUCUUGCCCAUCUUUGGAGGCAUUUAUGGCCAGGUUGGACAGGAGGGGUGGCAACCACCACACUGCAGGGAGUUGGAACAGUGAUUUUUGAUGUCUCCCCAACCUCUGUGGUGCAUUUGUCCAUCAGUCUGUUCUCUCCAUCCAUCUGCCCACCUCUCCAGCCGUCCACCAUAACUGUACAUCCAUCCAUCCUCUCCGUACUUCUAUCCAUCCAUCCUCUCUGUACGCUCAUCCAUUUAUCCAUCCAUCCCUCUGUUCAGCACGCAGAAUUUUUGCUGGAGCUGUUCAAGAAACGUGUAGAUGUUGUGCCAAGGGAGGUGGUUUAGUGGGAAAUACUGGUGAUGUGUGGACUGUGGCAUUGGCUCAUCUUGGAGAUCUUUUCCAGCCUUGUUGAUUCUAUGAUCAUCCAUCCAUCUUUGGACCUGCCAAUGCUGGACCCCUCGCCCCGUCUCAUGUUCGGAGGGGAAGAGAAAGCUCCCUGCAACGGGAGCAAAGCUCGAAUGCCCUAAAGGAAACGAGGAACGGUUUUUCAUGUCGCUGAACGCUCUGUUUGCAGCCCCGCACCUGCGGGCGGUCCCUAGGGGCGGUCCCUAUGGGGCCGCGUCUGUAGGCAGGGCCGUGAAGGCGCUCCGUUCGGCAGAAAAGCCAUUUGUGCGCCUCGGGGCCAUCGCUGCCGGGGAGGGGCGGCGGAGGGCUGGGGAGGGGCGGGAGGUGGGGACGGAGCCGCCCCCGUUCGGAGUCGCCGCGUUCGCCGGUGCCGGUGCCCCCACCCCGAGAACGGAGCUCCGCGAUGGAGGGGCCGGGGGGAUCCGCCGGGGGCUGAGGCGGCUGAAGGGCCGGUGCCGCAGAGCUGGCGAGGAGGAGGGAGACCGUCCACGAUGGGAUCGGUGGGAACGGAGCGCCUCAAGGAGCUGAGCCCCAUGGGGACACCCGAAGGCAACGUGGUGAUGAGCUUCAGCUUCGACAGCUACCAGCUGGAGGAGGACGAGCUGCAGCGGGGCAGCCAGGCCAAGGGCGUGCUCACCUUCAUGGAGCCGGUUUCUGAAGACCCCGAGCCACAGGACCGAUACCAUGGGAUCUACUUUGCCAUGCUGCUGGCUGGCGUUGGGUUUCUCCUUCCAUACAACAGCUUCAUCACGGAUGUGGACUACCUGCACCACAAAUACCCAGGGACCUCCAUAGUCUUUGACAUGAGCCUCACCUACAUCCUGGUGGCCUUGGUGGCCGUCAUCCUCAACAACGCGCUGGUGGAGCUGCUGAGCCUGCACACCCGCAUCUCCGUGGGCUACCUCUUUGCCCUGGGCCCCCUGCUCUUCGUCAGUAUCUGUGACGUCUGGCUGGAGCUCUUCACCCGACGGCAAGCCUACGCCAUCAACCUGGUGGCUGUUGGGGUGGUGGCCUUUGGCUGCACAGUGCAGCAAUCCAGCUUCUAUGGCUACACAGGGCUGCUGCCCAAGCGCUACACGCAGGGGGUGAUGACAGGAGAGAGCACCGCCGGGGUCAUCAUCUCACUCAGCCGCAUCUUCACCAAGCUGCUGCUGUCGGAUGAGAAGGAGAACACCGUCAUCUUCUUCUUCAUCUCCAUCGGCAUGGAGCUGACGUGCUUCAUCCUUCACCUCCUGGUGAAGCGCACUCGCUUUGUCCGCUAUUACACCUCCUGUCCCCGCAAGGGCCGCCCCGAGCCCCGCAGGGCCAGCGACCACGGGACGGGCUACCGCGUCCACCACGACGUCACUGCCGAGGACAUCAGAUUUGAGGACCGGCCGCAGGGACAGCUGGCAUCUCCCCGUGGCAGCCCGGGCCCUGAAGCUGAGCUGGCCGGCAGCGGUACCUACAUGCGCUUUGAUGUGCCCACACCCCAAAUCAAGAGGAGCUGGCCCAGCUUCAGAGCCAUGCUGCUCCACCGCUACGUCGUGUCGCGGCUCAUCUGGGCCUACAUGCUGUCCAUCGCCAUGACCUACUUCAUCACGCUGUGCCUCUUCCCCGGGCUGGAGUCGGAGAUCCACAACUGCACGCUGGGGGAAUGGCUGCCCAUCCUCAUCAUGGCCAUCUUCAACCUCUCCGACUUCGUUGGCAAGAUCCUGGCUGCCCUGCCUUACGACUGGAGAGGAACGCACCUCCUCGUCUACUCCUGCCUCCGCGUCGUCUUCAUCCCCCUCUUCAUCAUGUGCGUCUACCCCAACGGUCAGCCCGCCUUCGGCCACCCCGCCUGGCCCUGCGUCUUCUCCCUCCUCAUGGGCAUCACCAACGGCUACUUUGGCAGCGUCCCCAUGAUCCUGGCUGCUGGCAAAGUGAGCCCCGAGCAACGGGAGCUGGCAGGUAGGGCCGCACCAUCCAUGGGCCGCCACGUGGGGCAGCCACGCAGGGUGACACCCUCUGUCCCUCUCUGCAGGGAACACCAUGACCGUGUCCUACAUGACGGGCUUGACGCUGGGCUCAGCCGUGGCUUAUUUUGCCUACAGCCUCACCAGUACGUCCCACAGUAGCUGUUUCUACACUGAAACCUCCAACGGCUCCUUCCUGGGGGGGUACUGAGCCCCAGGACCGGGCAAUGGGGCCAGGAUGGCACCAGGCCCUGCUGCUGUCCCCAAAGGCCCUCACUGCCCACCCUGCUGGUCUCUGGGCGCUGUGCGGAGCCAAUUCUUGGGCUGAUGGCCCCCAGUGUCGUUGGUCCCAAUGUUCCUGGGGUCUCCCCCUGGGCGGUGGUGGUGGGAGGGAUCUUCUCCUGUUUGAGCCUUUGCCCAGGAGGGAAAUAUGGCAGAAUCCCAAAGGGAAUGGGGAUGGCACUGGGGAAGAGAGCAGUCGAGGGCUGUUGAGGAAGAGGAGGAGGGGAGGAAGGUGGCUCUGGGCUGGGCUCUUAGUGAUGGUGCUGCAGCUUUCCCCUGAGGACAGCUUGAAAUCAUGACCCCAACCCUCCCCUGUACUCCAAUUGCUGUGUAAGAGCCCCAAACCACUUCUGCUGCCUGGAAAGGGGGGGAACAAAGAAAAAAAAAAGUUUUUUUGCCCUCUCCUCUUGUCCUCUGAUCUGUGCUGUGCUGUGGGUCUGCCUGCAGGCUGCGGGGGCUGGGGGGGAAUGCAAUGAGCUGGGUGCUGCCCAGGGCCACUGCUGGGCUCCAACUUCUAUCCUGUAAAUCAAACUGAACACAGAUCGUGUGUCUCACUUGGCAAUGAUCCCUUCUGUGAUCCACACUGCUGGGCCGGGAACCCCGGCAGGUGCAGGGGGGAAAGGCUUGGGGCUACAGAAGCAGCAUCCUCCCACCUCCCAAAACUGAGAGCCAUGGGCUGCAGGGCACCUUCAGCCCCACUGCCAGCCAGGCACAGCUGAAGGGUUCCCCCUCCUUUCUUUGCCAGCACACCGGGCUUCGCCUUUCCUGAUCAAUAAAAGCUUUUUGGUUUUGCCUUUA